CCUCGGCUGCUCGGCGGCGCUCGGCACUUUCCGCGUCGCUGCUUUGCAGGGGCUGCUCCUCGCAGCCCAGUCGCUCUUUUUUCCGGGUUUGGAGCCGAUCCGGAUGCUGAGGGCGCCGGGUGCCUGGUCUCCGCGGACCUGAGGGCUUCUGUACAUGGAUUAUCUGAGGAUGUCUGAAUGUCUCCAGAUCUCACUUGCUGUUUGUAGACUUGGCAUCCGCACGUGUUUCCGAGCGCUGUGCUGCAAGGGACCCCCGCCCGCGCGCCCCGAGUAUGACCUCGUCUGCAUAGGCCUCACGGGCUCCGGCAAGACCAGCCUGCUGUCCCAGCUCUGCAGCGAGAGCCCCGAGCACGUCGUGUCCACCACCGGUUUUAGUAUAAAGGCAGUGCCCUUCCAGAACGCCGUCUUGAACGUGAAGGAGCUCGGAGGGGCCGACCACAUCCGCAAGUACUGGAGCCGCUACUACCAGGGCUCCCAGGGCGUGAUCUUCGUGCUGGACAGCGCAUCCUCCGAGGGCGACCUGGAGACGGCCCGCAGCGAGCUGCACUCGGCCCUGCAGCACCCGCAGCUCUGCACGCUGCCCUUCCUCAUCCUCGCCAGCCACCAGGACAAGCCGGCCGCCCGCUCCGCCCAGGAGGUCAAAAAGUACUUUGAGCUGGAGCCGCUGGCACGCGGACAGCGCUGGAUCCUGCAGCCCUGCUCGCUGGGCGACGUGGCGGCGCUGAAGGACAGCUUCUCCCGGCUCAUCCAGCUGCUGGAGGAGAAGGACCAGGAGGCCGCCAGGAUGUGAGCCUGGCAGGAGCGGUUCCCGGGCCUCGCGCCUCAUGCUCGUUCUCAUUUCCUGGCGUUUGGGGUAAGGCGUCCUCGUAGGUCGGCGUCUGCUUUCGUGUUAUCUCAGACUCAUCUCUCUGCCCCAGAGAAUAUUCCGCACGUCCGUGGACGACCGUCGGCAUGAACGUCAAGCACACACUACUGAGAGACUCGGUUCUCUGUUUACCACUGCCCGUCUCCGCCGCGUCUCUCCGGCCCCACGCGCCCCGCCUACGCCGCAGCGACGGAGCGCAGGGCUCGCGGGCACCGUCCCCGGAAGGGUCCGGGAGACUCGGAGCCCUGCCUCCGCCCCCGUGUUUGGGGCGCAGUGUUCUGUGACUGGGCUCCCCAGAGUAUGUGUCCCAUUUCACCAUGUCUCGGGGGGUAUGUUAUGUUAUGUUAUUUUUUAGUUUUUUGUAUACUGGCCUUACAGAUUAUGGGAGGAAAAUGAGCACCAGAAGCUUCAAUUAACCCGCAUCAAAAUGGACCGUCCGCCACGGGAAAGCGGCUGAGGAUUUAGGGACAAGACGCAUAGUUUCCGACCCUGCGUCUGAAGUCCCCGCUCCCCGUUCCGAGACGCGUUCCAGGACACCGAGGCACAGCGCUCGCGUCCGAUUCCUGCGUCAGCGAGUCCUCGGCGUUUUUUUAACGGAAAGGUUGCCCUGCACAAAGCUGAGCUGCGACUUGCUGUCGGGGUCUUUUUCUAAAAAUCUUGUGUCUGAUUAAAAUAGAAAAAAAUAAUUUUUUAAAAUAACAGGUAACGUUUUUAACAGCCACCCAACAGAGGCUUGUCUGUGCCGACCAUGGUGUGAGCGGCAUGGAUUUGACCGACGAGAAUCACGUGUCCAUCCAGCCGUCACGCGCCCCGUUCCGUGAAAAGGCGUGUCGGUAUUUCCCGUGUAAACCUCGAUUUUCCGGGGUCUCCAUGUGCCCCUAACAGUACUCGGGGGCUGUGGCAAGUACAGAACUCUAGCACCCAGUCAGUCUUUGCAGCGAACGUUUUGUUUCGUUUCCCUGACAUGGUAAAGUGGCAUAGAGAUGAAGGCACAGUUUUCCUGAAGCUUGGCACCUUUGCCCUUUUCUAAAUCAGGAGCAGUCGGGGCUAGGGAGGUUUGUAGUUGAAAUACGGUGGGCACAUUUUGUAGAUUUUUGACCACUUGCGAUUCUAAGCGGCCCAGUGACAGAAACUGCCCCUCCCCUGAGCACUGGAAGCAUGUCCGGGGUUUUAGGGCCGUGGCUGAGCCCCAAACACCGCAGCCCGCGCUGUCACAGCCGCACUGCCAUGGCGACGGGGCGCCGUCACACCCUGGAAGGUGUGGCGUUAAUUGCAGCGCUUGUGGUUUCACCUUGUGGGCGGGUUUUAAUGAAAUCAUUACCUUUGAGACAUCAAACAUCAUCUUGAAGCUUUUUAUUUUUUUUUAAUUGAACGGAUCCAGAAGAUUCAUCUUCACAUUUGUCUGCGGCGACUUGGGUGUCUUGACACUGUAGCCGCGAGCAGCACAGCACCAUCACCCGAUGCCCAGGCCCCGUCCCCCUGAUUCUGUCCUGUGUGCUCCUCCUCCGUGACAAAUAAAUGAUGAUCCGGCGCC